UUCCGGUUGGGACCCGCUGCUGUUUCGGGGUGGUGAGUGUAACUGGGCCCUGGCGACUUUUCUAGGUCAGUUUUCGUUGCAGACGCUCGAGUGCCUUGAAUUGGGGGAAAGGGCGAUGGCCACCCAGGAUGCCACCCCAGGCAGCCAGUGGGAGGGAAGCAAUGCUUUGGACCUGCCAUCCGCUUGUGACAUAAGGGAUUACGUGUUGCAGAGACCCAGCCAGGAGGCCAGCAGCGAGGCUUUCAGUUCUGAGGAAGCCCUUUCUCUUCCUUGCUCUUCUGAUGUGGAUCCAGACACCAGUAACCUAAAUACUGAACAGAGUGAUUCCUGCACUUCUGAGAACUUCUGGCUUAACCAUCCUGUGAAGGGCUGGCCAGAGGCCCAGACAGAGGAUGAUGGACUUCGGGAAUCUCUGGAUAGAUUCUAUGAAGUGUUUGGCCAUUCUCAGCCAGCCUCUGGAAAUCCACUCUCCACUUCUGUCUGCCAGUGCCUGUCUCAGAAAAUCAGUGAACUGAAGAGCCAGGGGAACCAAGAGUACACCCUCCGUAGUUUUCAACUGGCCCGGGUCAUCUUCAACCGGGAUGGCUGCUCCGUCCUGCAGAGGCAUUCCAGGGACGCUCACCUCUGCCCACCAGGAGAAGGAGAAGAAAGUGCAUCUCUAGAGGAUGGAAAACUGACCCCAGGACUUUCAAAAGAUAUUAUUCACUUUCUCUUGCAGCAGAACGUGAUGAAAGACGUAUAACUGGUGCCUGGUGGUGAGAGCAGGCACUUGGAGGGGAGCCCAGAGGCUGAUACUGUUGGUGCUCCACACAGAAGUUCUCAGGCCAGGUAAAUGCUUUGCAAGAGAAGGCUGGCAUCUGCGAUCUGGUCCAGGAGCAAGUUCAGCCCAAAUGGAGAACCAGCAGUGUCUGGGAUUCUGUUGCCUCCAUGGCCACCCUACCUCCCACCCACCCUUUGACCUAAGGCCAGUGACCAACUAGUUUGGGAGUCCAAAAGCCUGGCUGCCUUGCCUCCAGGACAGGCAAGCUCUGAGGCAUAAUUCAAGUUCAAAAUCUCCCCUCCUGAUGAGACCAGGGCUGGGGCUUCACAUAAACCUCACUCUUGCCUGG